UCCAUGUGUUGCUACGUCACAGGACAUGUUUGAUAAAGAGUUUGUUCGCCAGGGUGAAGUGUAGUGAAGUGUAGAUAAUGUGUUUAAAGACAUUUUACAUAGAAGUACAAGUAGUUUUACGUAAAGUGCACUCCCGUAUUGACUGACGGGCUUCACUUGUGACAGUGAAGCGUUAGCUGGGUCACUGAAAGCCACAGAGGAAUCAGGAAAUGUGAGUGAUCUCCCUCCUCCUCCUGUGGUCGAUCACUUUACGAGAGUUAUGUGAAGGAAAAGAACCGAUCAUAUGAUGACGAGCCUCAACAGGCCGCUCACAUCUGUAGAUCAGAGCUGGUUUUAGUGAGUGCUGAGUCUCCUGCAGGUCUGACGGUGACUGACUGAGCGACAUGGAUCUCAGCUGUCAGGACUGGAUGGCAGCGUUACCCGAGGAGCUGUGGGACAUUCCUCUGACAGACCUGGCCAUACCUGGAAGCCAUGAUGCCAUGAGUUACUGCCUGGACAUUAACUCCCCCCUGGUCAGGUCUGAGUCAGACUUUUUCCGGCUCCUAGACAGACUUUUCUUCUGCUUUACAAGACCUGCCAUUUUUAAAUGGGCCACCACACAGGAUAAAAGCAUCGAGGAGCAGCUUUCGAUGGGGAUUCGAUUUUUUGAUCUCCGCAUUGCACACAAACCCAACGAUCCAUCCAGUGACCUGUAUUUCACACACGUCAUUUACACACAUUUAACAGUUUUGGAAACGCUGUUGUCUGUGGCCACCUGGCUGGAGUCUCAUCCUAAGGAGAUUGUUAUCCUCGCCUGCAGCCAUUUUGAGGGAAUGGACGACAGAUGCCACGAAUCUUUCAUUUACUCCCUGAAGAAGCUGUUUGGCUCAAAACUCUGCCCCAGGAAGGAAUCAGCCCUGACCUUGCGGAGUCUGUGGGCAUCUGGUUACCAGGUCGUCCUGUCCUAUGAGUCCCAGACUGCAGCGAGACAUCGGGAGCUGUGGCCUGACAUCCCGUACUGGUGGGCCAACCAGCACACAGCAGAAGGAGUGAUCAGUCACCUGGACUGGAACAAAGACCUGGGGCGACCAGAGGGCUUCUUCGUCGCCGGCCUGAACCUGACAGCUGAUAGGUAUUACAUCACCACAAACCCAAAGCAAUCCCUGCGGACGCUGACUUUCAGUAACUGGGAGUGUUUGAAGAACUGGCUGGAGGAGCAGACCCCUGGGUCGGACCCCAGGAGCCUCAACAUCAUCGCAGGAGACUUUGUGGGGCCGCUUCCGCUCUGCUCUCUGGUCAUCGCACUGAACCAAAAACUUAUACGGAAAAAUGCCAGUCAGAUAAAAAAACAUUAUAAGCUGUGAUUUUAUUCCACAAGGGCUGAUGCCAAAUUAGCUACUGUAUACCUCAUUUUCUCUUUUCUGUAUUUCAGUCCAUUUCUAUGCACUUUUGUCCACACUUAGAUUUUUAACUGGACGUUUCUGCAUUUCCUACACUCAUUUAAGUUGUGUUUUAAUCCCAGGACAUUCUGUAUGUUUUGAAUCUACAGCUCUAAUGUGCAACAUGUUUACAAGAAUGAAUGUCAUUCUUUUACAAAAUUGUAUUUUCAAGUAUUUUAAUAUACUGUACAACACAUACAGUUGUUUUUUUAAAGCCCUUUAUGGUACAGUAAUUCAUUUGGAGCUGCAGUCCUGAAGGAGGAAGGAUCGCUCCCCUCCUUACUAUCUGCCUGUGAACAGUUUCUUGUAGCGUCCAUAAGCAGCGGUGCUGAUGAUGACCUUGACGACAGCUGAGCCGUCGUCUGCAUCCACCUGCACGUCCUGAACGGUGGCCUCUUUGUACAGCCAACUGUGGAUGAAGAUGCACGUUUACAGUGGAUGCUUUGGUUAUUUUACAACAUAGAAACACAAAGAGAAAACAGACCUCACCUUAACUGAGGAGUGCUGAGGUUGACUUUGAGAUCUAAAAUGUGUUUUCCAGUAGAGUUUACAAUCUCUCCUUCCACCACUUUCUUCAGCUCGUCCAGUCCUCGCUCUUCCAGGGCAGAUAUGGGCAGUGCGUUGGGCUCUGCAGAUUGAUAGCUGAGAGGGAAAACGGACGAAACGUUUUUCUAUCAAAGACUCAAACAAGAACUAGCUAAAUCCCAUCUACAUAAAACAGUAGGUCAGUAAAAUGAUGAAUGAAUGAAUUUCUUAAUGGUUUUGAGUGCAGAUAAAUAUGGUAUUAUCUGUCCUACAUUCAGUUGCUUAAGUCAAAUAUAUAAUAUGUAACUUUCCUGCAUUAAAAUGUCUAAAAAUGA